AUGUCAAGCAAUAAUAAUAAUGAAUCUCACAAUUUAGAAAUAAUAAACCAUGACAAAAAUAAAAAAAAUUUAAUUAUAGGGUUAACAGGAAGUGUUGCAACAAUUAAAGCAAAACUAUUAGUGGAAAGUUUAAUAAAUUCAUAUAAUAUUAUAGUUAUAACAACAGAAACAUCAUUAAAGUUUUUAUCAGAAUCAGAUAUUCAAUAUAUAUCAAGCAAAGCUAAAAUAUAUAACGACAAGGAUGAAUGGGAAUCACAUGUAGAUAUAUUUAAAAGAUCUGCACUUCACAUAGAUUUAAGAAAAUGGGCAGAUUCAAUUUUAAUAGCGCCAUGCUCAGCAAAUACUUUGGGUAAAAUUUCAAAUGGGUUAUGUGACAAUUUAUUAACAUCAUUAAUUAGAGCAUGGGAUUAUAAAAAUAAGAAAUUAAUUAUAGCACCAGCAAUGAAUACAAUGAUGUGGGAGAACCCAUUUACCAGCCGCCAUAUCGAAACAAUGAAACAAUUAUCAAACAAUGUACUAUUUAUAGAUCCAAUUCAAAAGAAAUUAUUUUGUGGUGAUAUUGGUAUGGGUGCGAUGGAAGAAGUGCCAAAAAUAGUAGAAUAUAUAAUCAAAAAUGUGUAAAUAAAAAUAAAAUAAUAAAAACUAUAAUUUUAAUAAAAAAACAAAAUAAUAAAAACUAUAAUUUUAAUUUAAAU